UCGGUCUUCUGCUGCCGUCUGAUAAUCAGCCAUGAUCCUCCAGACUGCUGCGCUCAGCAUCCUCUUCUGCUCUGUGCACAGUUUCACUAUACAGGCUUCUUCUGAAAAGAGCGAGGAGCAAUGUGGUAACAACAUCGAGGAUGACGAGUUCAGCGUCUUUGCGCUGAUAGAGAAGGCCAAUGUUGAUGUUGGAAAAAACUUCAAUGAACCUCUGGUGAUGUUUGGAGACAUAGCAGUGCCAGAGGGUUUCCAGAACGCUGAUCCCUGCACAACACGAGGCUGCCUGUGGCCUAAAGCCACCGAUGGCAACGUCUACAUACCGUACCGCAUCUCCAACCAGUACUCCCGAAGAGAGAGAAAUACCAUCAUCGAUGGCCUGCGAUCAUUUGCUGAGAGAACCUGCAUCCGCUUCACCCCCUUGGAUCGACAGCAGGACUUUUUGGACAUCCAGUCUCUCUCAGGCUGUUUCUCGUUCAUUGGGCGUCGUGGUAAUGGCCAGCCGUUGUCUCUGAGUCGCCGUGGUUGUGUUUUCCGGUCAGUCAUCCAACAUGAGGUGCUCCACGCCCUGGGCUUCAACCACGAGCAGACCCGGUCCGACAGGGACGAGCAUGUUCGCAUUCUGCUGGAGAACGUCAGGGAUGGGUUUCAAUCCAGUUUUACGAAAAUCAACACAAGGAACCUUGGCACUCCCUAUGACUACAACUCUGUCAUGCACUAUCCAAGGUUUGCGUUCUCCAAGAACGGAGAGGCAACCAUCAUUCCUAUCCCCGAUGAAAAUGUAGCUAUCGGUAGG